UCAAGUCCCUCUUGCGUCUACUGUCGCAACUAGAUUAGCAUCUUGCGAAGCUUGUCGCAAUCAUGAAGAGCCAUGUAAGAGAUGUUUCUAAUAAAAAACAAUCAAAAUACGUAAGCAAUGGAAAAAAGCCAUUUGACAAAAAGAAAUAUAGGCUGCAGAAGUACAGUAAUAAAUACAAAGUUACUCAAUGGGAGCAACGCAGGAAGAAAGCUGUUUUACGAGGAUUUUAUAAGCAGAUUGACAAGGACCAGCAACAAAAUCUAAGAAUAUUCGCUUCCAAAGCUAAUGAUCAAAAUGGACACGAGAAUCAACCGAGAAGGUUAAGUGCGUUUCAUAAAGCAAAACAGGAAUUUCUCGAUAAAAAGAAUGAAAAGAGGGAGCGAGUGGAAGAAGCCUCCCGAGUGAAAGCAGAAAGAGAGGAAGCGCUGAAAAGGUAUAAAGAGAAAAAAAUGCAAACGUACAAGCAACUUUCGAGGAAAACAAAAAAAGGACAACCUGUUAUGAAAGCUAGGUUAGAAAUGUUACUUGAGAAGAUAGAGCAACAGAUGGCGCAUUGAUAUAAGGAAAUAUUUACGUACAUUUUUAAAAACGUGAAUGAUCACUGAAGUUGAUAUAUUGUAAAUACAUUUUUUUAUUUAAGAAAUAUACAUACAAUAACAAACAAAUUUCCAAUAAAUACCUUCCCGUAAACUGAA